CUAGUUAUUUCGAUACAAUUUUUACUCUCUUUAAAUCGUGCACAUUUUCGACGCCCAAACAAAAUACUACAUUAACUACAUUACCCAAAGUGCUAUUGAGAACUCCACGCUGUAACCAUGGAAACUGGAAACAGUAGCCAGUGUUUGGCGCCGUCUGCUGGUGGUUUUCUGAAACAGCAGCCUUGAGAAUGGAAACCGAAAGUGAAGUGAAGAGUAAAGCAGGAAAACAGGGCCGUCUGCAGCUCCAGCGCUUCCGGACGGAAUCUUUCUAAUGUUCCUGCUGUGAAAGAACUUUAACAGUGAUAAAGAAAUGAGUCGACUUCAUGAGGAAGUGGAGUUGGAAAAAUGUGUCAGGCGACUGAGAGAGACGUUUCAUGGACAAAUUCCGAUCGACAAGGCGACAUUACUCAUGCGCCGAUACAGGAACAACUACCAGCUGGUAGCGAAGGAGAUCAUCCUGAUGAAAGACCGAGACCUGGACGAUGACGACAGAUGGUCUCUGGCAAACGAUUCUACUGUAAAGAACGUGGUUGAGAAACUGCAGAAUGAGGAACGAGAAAAGGAGAAAAGAAAAGACGGACAAUCAGGAGCCGGUAACGAUCCUAGGGGCUCUAAGAAAUCUAAAGCAAACAAGGGGCCUCAAGAGGACAAAGACAUACAGGAGCUUGGGAAGAAAUUGCAUCACCUGCCUCUGACAGAGAAGAAUAAGCGCAUGUUCGAUCGUGUGCAGGAGAACCAAAUGCCCUCCGUCGAUCUCCAGUUCGCCUGCGAGAUUUGCGACAAGAGCUGGUGGAGACGAGUCCCUGUGAGAAAGCCGGUGUCUCGCUGUCGCGGGUGCAAACGGAAAUACGACCCUGUGCCACUAGGCAAGAGGUGGGGCAUCGGGGAGUUCAUGUGCCCUCGCUGUGCUCGAUCUUUCAAGGGGUUCGGCCGAAUGGACGUGGGGUCUCCGUGUUAUGGCUGUCGCUUCAUUGUUAAGCCAUCGUGCAUCCUGCCUCCACGCAAAAACUUGUUGGACCCAGGCAUGAGGAGACGACACCCGCACAGCUGCCUGGCCGAGGACUGCUUUAACAGACAGGAGCCUCACGUUCCUGGUACAGAGUGCGUGCACCCGGUCAGCAGGAAGAAGAACGGUAAGCCGCAGGUGGUGCACCCCAGCGAUCGCCACAUCAGCAGCGGCUCCACGGUGAACACCUGCCUGAGUCAGGGAAGCCUGAUGGAGGAUUUGUUUGACAUCAUCAUGGAAGACAUCCACGAGGAGGAAGAGAGCGACAACGACGACUCAGGAAGCAGCACCAGCAGCUGAAGGGAAUGCCAGUGUGCGUCCACAGCUCAAAACCUUGGCCCUUAAGCACUGACCCAAAGACGUUUGAUCAUUGUAAAAUUCAUCUAAUGUGAAACUAAAUGUGGCACAGUGCAGGGAGUAGUGUUUCAAAGAAGCAGCGAUAUCUCUAGGAAUUUUGAAGAUAUUAUGAGUUAUUUUCGGGCUGGUGGUUUGUAAUUGUUCUAUAAUCUUAAGGGAUCUCUAUCUGUGUAAACAUGCUCGAUUGACACCUAUGCAAUCUUUUUUGUGCCUAACACAGAAUAAGGUCGUAUUGUAUGUCAGCAAAUAUUAUUUAUUUCCCGAUUCAGUCAACAAUCCAUAUGCUUUUCUAUCAAGGGCAGUUUAGCUGAAGAAAUAUCAGCAAGUGUGUCAUGUGUUGCCUUGCCACAAAAAAAAGUGCACUUAAAAAGUGAAAUCACCUUCAAACUGUUCUCGUAGUUAGUUAAGUCAUAAGCAAAUGUUGAGGCUGAUGAUUUUGGUAAUAUGCAGCCAGGGAAACAUAUGCAGUUUUGCAUCUCUUCUUUUAAUCACUUCCUGCUUUUAAAUCACUUCCUGCUUUUGUAGGUUAGUGUGACAGUGUAGUAGGGUUUCAGACAGCAUCCUUCCAUACUUACAUAACAUUGCUUAGAAAUGCUUUGCUGGGAUUGAAAUAUAUAUAUAUAAAACAUAUGCGUCAGAGGUUUUAAACAUUUCAUACGAUUGAAGAGUCAUUUCUAGAUUUUAUGAAGACCGCAAGUGUUAUUCUGUUUUAUUAAGAGAGUAUAAAGCAGUGAAUAUAUUGCUAGAGUUUAUCUAUUGGAAAUUGUACUCUUGAACAGCUGUUUUUGUUGUACAUUGCUGUUAAUUUAAAACCCACACAAUAUACCAGCUGAAGCACAAAAAAAAAAAGCCUUUGAGUUCUGCUUUGA